UUCCUGCCUCCCGCUCCGGUCUCCCCGUUUCCCUCCUUUCCUGUCUCUGUAUGUCUUGGCCUUGGCACCCGCCCCCGACUUGGUCAGCCGGCCUCCCUUUCCCAGGCAGUCUCUGUCUCUGUCUCUCCUACUCAGUCUCCCUUAUCUCCCUGCCUCCCUUCCCUCUUCCGCAUUCCGGCUUCUCUGGUGUAGUCACUCCAGGUAUGCAUUUCCCGUUUGUUUCCUCUCCCUCCGACACGAUAACAAUCACCCAUCGUCCCGCCACCCCCAGGCUCCCUGGGGACAUGUACCUUCUCUCACCACCUAGGAAGUCUUGGAAAAGGGACCCGGGGAAUCCCCACGAAAUCCAGCCCCAAAAUGGUGUUUCAGCCCAGGUCCCGGCCAUGAGAGCCCCGCACCGCCACCUCUCCGCCGCCUCUGGCGCUUGGGCCCUGGCGAAGCUGCUGCCGGCGCUGCUGUUGGCGCAACUCUGCGACGCGGAGGCCGUGCUGCUCCCGGGAAACGACACCGGCUCGGACCCCGCAGCCUCCGGCGCCCCGUGCCCGCGCGGCUCGCAGCCCUGGCAGGUCUCCCUCUUCAACGGCCUCUCGUUCCACUGCGCGGGCGUCCUGGUGGACCAGGACUGGGUGCUUACGGCCGCGCACUGCUGGAACAACAGGCCACUGUGGGCUCGAGUUGGGGAUGACCACCUGCUGCUUCUCCAGGGCGAGCAGCUCCGCCGGGCGGUUCAGGCUGUUGUCCACCCCAAGUACCUCCAGGGCUCGGGCCCCCUCCUGCCAAGGCGGACUGACGAGCACGACCUCAUGCUGCUGAAGCUGGCCAGGUCCGCUGUGCUGGGGCCCGGCGUCCAGACCCUGCAGCUGCCCUACCGCUGUGCCCAGCCCGGAGACCAGUGCCAGGUGGCUGGCUGGGGCACCACGGCCACCCGGAGAGUGAAGUACAACAGGGGCCUGACCUGCUCCAGGGUCACUCUCCUGAGCCCUAAAGCAUGUGAGGUCUUCUACCCCGGCGUUGUCACCAACAACAUGAUAUGUGCGGGGCUGGACCAGGGCCAGGACCCUUGCCAGAGUGACUCGGGUGGCCCCCUGGUCUGUGACAAGACCCUCCAGGGCAUCCUCUCGUGGGGAGCUUACCCUUGCGGAUCUGCACAGCACCCGGCCGUCUACACCCAGAUCUGCAAAUACAGCGCCUGGAUCAAGAAAACCAUACGCUCCAGCUGAUCCAGGCGGCCAGAGAUCCCUUCACCGACUGUCCUCCCACCCUGCGGUGCCCGGACCUCUGCCGCCAUCACACCUGUUACCACCUCUCUUCCCCCGCGUCCCCCCCCCUUCCCAUUCUCUGGCCCACACUGAAGCCAAGGUGCAGCACGUGGUGACACAGUUUCAUUCAAGAGAAGCGAGGAAGCCGGUGGUCACCCCGUCUCUGAGAGAUGUUAUCGGAGCCACUCAACCUGGCUUCCUCUACCGCUCCCUGCUGUGUGACCUUGGGCAAGCCAAGUACCCUCUUUGUGCCUCAGUUUCCUCACCUGCAAAGUGGGGACAAUGAAGUGCCUACCUCUUAGACGUGUUGUGAGGCUGUGGUAUAACGUGUGUGUGUGUAAAUCUUUACGGUAAUUAUCAUGUAAGCCUUAACAGUGGGUGGUGAGCUCUGAAUAAAUGUUACCUGUUGUCAUGA